CAGCUUAUGUGAAGUUGUUAUUGAAGCCAUCUAUAAAUCUGCUUACUGAAUUUAUGGAGAAGCCUAGAAAUGAUGGAAGUCAUUCAGAAGAAUUCUUUUCCCAUCUUAGAAGUCCAUCAGAGAAAGAACAUUUAUCACGACAUACUAGUGAAAGUCGUCUCAGCUGCCUGGACCAGGACAUCCGAAAUGAUGAAAAGAUUGAAUUGGGGGCAACACUUAAAGAAGCUGAGUUGGCAACCUGUUCUAUAGAAUUACUUUUGCCAUUAUUUAAAAAUGCCAUUGAAGAGAUGAGUUUUGAAAAUGCUAAUCUUUCUGUCUCCAGUUUGAAGAUUUCUAAACAGAGGGAAAUAUUAACAAAAGAAUUAGAUACGUUUAAACGGGUAAAACUAGCCUUAGAGCAUCUUCUUAGAAAGACCAACUACAAACAAACAGGAGACAAUUUACCAAGCAUGUUAUUACAGAAUCUGACUGAUAAUGAAAGUGAAAAUAUUAAUCUUAAGAAGAAGGUACUUGAAAAGGAGGCCUAUAUCCAAGAACUUUCUUGUUUGUUUCAGAAUGAAAAGGAAAAUACUUUGAAAGCAAACCGUUUAUCUCAGGCAGUGAAACUAGUACAUGAAAGACUACAGCUCCAGAUUCAUAAAAGGGAAGCAGAGAAUGAUAAGUUGAAAGAAUACAUGAAGGACUUAGAAAUCAAGAUAGCUAAAUGGAACUUGCAACUCAAGACAAACAAAGAUGAGACUACAGCAGUGAAAGAAGCAAGUAGGCAAACAACUAUAGCUCUAAAAAAGGCUUCUAAAAUUUACAAACAAAGGCUUAAUCAUUUUACAGGAGAUAUUGAAUACCUUACUUCUCAGAUCAGAGAUCAGGAAGCCAAGUUGUCUGAAACGGUUUCAGCUUCUAAUGCCUGGAAAAAUCAUUAUGAGAAAAUUGUAAUAGAAAAAACUGAAUUGGAAGUUCAGAUCGAAACAAUGAAAAAGCAAAUCACUAAUCUUUUGGAAGACCUGAAGAAAAUGGAAGUCCAUGGAAAAAAUUCAUGUGAAGAUAUUCUUAGAAAACUUCACUCAAUGGAACAUGAAAGUGAAACUCUGAGUCUUGAAAACAAGGAAUUGAAGGGUACACUUGCUGCUUUGGAGGACAAGGUUGUUUCUGUUGAAGAGGAACUCUUAGAAUUACAGGAACUAGAAAACCAACAGAAAACCCUUAUUGAAGUGUAUAAAACUCAGGUACAAAAGUUGCAAGAAGCGGCUGAAAUGGUGAAAAGCAGGUGUGAAAGUUUGCUACAAGAAAAUAAUCUAAUGACAAAAAACAAAAAUAAAAAAUUAGAUGAGAUGAGAGGCCAGAUGGAGUCUCAUCUGAAGGAGGUAGAGCAUAUCCGUGAUUCCUUGACGGCGGCUGAACGGAGGCUUCAGGAGUCUCAGGAGAGCCUGCAGCACUGCAAGGCGAAAUGUGCAGACCAGGCACACAUCCUUAGGGAGCUUCAGGGCCAGAUUGAUGAAAAUCACAGUCUUCUAAAGCUUUCUCUGGAGGAGGAAAAUUAUCUAAUUCAGUUAAAGUGUGAAAAUCUUAAACAAAAAUUAGAACAGAUGGAUGCAGAGAAUAAAGAGCUUGAGAAGAAGCUGGCAAACCAAGAAGAGUGCCUUAAGCACAGCAAUCUGAUGUUUAAAGAGAAAUCUGCAGAAUACACAGCACUGGCCAGGCAACUGGAAGCUGUUUUAGAAGAAGGAAGACAUAAGGUUUCUGAAGAAGUAGAGAAAAUGACUUCUAGAGAGAGGGCUUUACAAACUAAAAUAUUAGAUCUGGAAACUGAGCUUAGAAAGAAAAAUGAAGAACAAAACCAACUUGUUUGCAAAAUAAACACUAAAGCACAACAUCAAGAAGUAUCUUUGAAAGAAAUGCAACAUAGUCUUGAGAAGUCAGAGAAUCAGAAUGAGAGUAUUAAGAAUUAUUUACAGUUUCUUAAAACUUCUUAUGUAACAAUGUUUGGAUAAAUCAUUGAAUUUAUUUUCAGCAUUAGGUUUUCACUAUGAAUCUAAAAUGUGAUUAGGUAAAAAAAUA